UUUAUAAAACUGUGCGUGGGAUCGUUACUAAAAAUGUGCGUACGCCCAGAAGCCAAGUUUUGCGUGCGCCAAAAAAUAUUCGGAUUUAUAAAACACUGCGUACGCACACCUGUACGCAAUCUUUGCUUUAUAAAUCACAUACUGACUACAAUUGUGCGCAGCUGAAUCAGCUUCACGUUCCGCCCUCUACACGCCCCUUUUUAACCAUAAAUGGUCAAUGCAAAUGACCUCAUGAAUGCGAUCUGCAUAUAAAACAGACUCAGAUGCCGGUAUUAUGUCUUGUUGGAAACAAUGGCAGGACAGAGAAAAGCCAAAAAAAGAAACUUCACGGAGGUUGAGGUGGAGACACUUGUGGGUGAGGUGGAGGCCCGAAAAGAAAUUUUGUUCGGCGGUCACGGGAUCGGGAUCACCAACAUUAAAAAACAGAAUGAGUGGCAACAUGUUGCUGCGGCAGUGAACGCUGUCAGUGGUACGGAGCGCACAGUACCCGAAUUGAAAAAGAAGUGGUCCGACAUAAAGGUGGGUGCAAAGCAGAGGCUGUCCUCACACCGCCAGAGCGUGACUGCAACUGGAGGGGGACCCAGGACUCCUGACCUAACACCAAUUGACACGAAAGUUGCAUCCAUAAUUGGCACCGCAAGCGUGAGUGGCAUCGUGUCCGAAAGGGAAGGAGACACUGACAACACAGAAGAACAAGAGUCAGCGGUCGGUGGGGAGAAGGACGAUGAUGCCGGCGAGGGGCCCUCGGCCGCAGGUCAUCCGGCUGCCCCCACCCCCAGCACCAAGCGUCAGUCCGCUGGUCGGGUCCUCACAGACGCAGUUCUGCAGCAACAGAGGGAAACGAUAGAUGCAGUCAACAACUUGACUGAGGAGAUGAGGCAGAUUCGAAAUGUUAUCACUGAAAUUGCCACAAUAUUAAAAGAUACUGUGAAAAAAUGAACCUUGAGUCGUCUU